AUGUUCGGCAGUAUAGCGCUAUUCCAUUUUCUCGUUCUGCUGAUAGUAUGGGAAACCCCAGCAUUUCUCUACGCAUCACCCAUUGGAUCAUUUCAACAAGUCCAGCUUUUCAGUCGUCUUGACCACUACCCAACAAAACCUCGUAUAAGGUUCAGAAAAGAUGGAACGUUCAAAGUAACUGUCUUCUCAGAUCUUCACUUUGGCGAGAAUCCCUGGGACUCGUGGGGUCCCGAACAAGAUAUUCGUAGUACUUCGCUGAUGCAGCGAGUGCUGACAGACGAGAGACCUGACUACGUUGUCUUGAACGGCGACCUGAUUACCGGAGAAAAUACAUUUCGGGAGAAUUCAACAACCCUUAUAGACCAGAUUGUUGCUCCCCUCAACGAGUUCAUGAUUCCGUUCUCCUCCACGUAUGGAAACCAUGACAACGAGCCCAAUAUCACACACCGCGAAGAGAUUUUGCGCGAGGAGCAAGUAGCACCUCUCAGUUAUACCCGUCUAGCACCGCCAGGUGUAGGCGGCCCAAAUGGUCCAGGAAACUACUGGGUUCCUGUGUAUAGACACUCCUCCGAUUCUUUUCCAGUCUUGAUUCUCUGGUUUUUCGAUUCACGCGGCGGUUAUACUGCUGAAGCGGAUUUGAUCGCGGUUCCUGACUGGGUGGAUGUGAGCGUAGCGAGGUGGAUUCAACAGGAGACUGCCCUCAUGGACGCUGCUUGGGGGCCUGCAGAGAUGACAAGAGGGGCUCUUACUUUCGUACAUAUACCUCCGCACGCGAUCCAGCGCUUACAGUCCACUCUCAAUAGCACUCGACAACCUGGUCUUAAUGAGGACAAGCUGGGCUCCGGAUCCGUACAAGAUAGCAUAAAUCCGUCUGCGGACGUACGAGACAAGCCUUUCUGGGAUGCACUCACUCAACAUGUCAAGAACGUGCACGCAGUGAUAUCUGGUCAUGACCAUGGCAAUGAAUGGUGCGCGCGCGAACCUACGAAGAAUGUCAUAUUCUGCUUCAAUAAGCACUCCGGAUAUGGGGGAUACAGCAACUCAGGUUGGGGUCACGGCGUGCGGAAUAUCGUGUUCACGUCUCACAAUCCCAAAGGCGCGGUGGAUACCUGGAUCAGGCUAGAGUUCGGGGAGGUCAGAGCGAAGGUAACACUGGAUGCGAACUACAACUAA